AUGUCUGCCGAGAAGCCGAAGUCCAAGAACCCAAUCAAAAAGCUAUACGACAAUGGCUUGAACGCCGCUGCGGGCAAGUGGAUUUGCGCAAUCGUGAUCCUGGGCUUGUCCGCCGCCGCUGUCGCAAAGGUGAAAGAGGGUCCUGUCCGCCCUGCCGCCAUCGUUAAUCUCGCGUUCGCCACGUCCCAUUUCUUCCUCCUUGGCCCGCCCGUCGACCCUAUCUCGGCGACCAACCCUCGAACGCCAAAAUGGUACAUCAUCAUCCUGGGCAUCUCGACCGCCAUGUGGAUAGUGGGGCCCGUCCUCAUGUUCGCCAUGCUCUACGGCAACGACAAGGAAGGCGUUUCCUAUCUCGAGCGUCGUCGCCUGGGUGGCUUGGUGGGCGAGAUUACCUCAAUUGCGAGGUCCGGCACGGAGAGCAUCUGCAUCGCAGCCGGGUGCUUCGGUCUUAGCGCUUUGAUCUUGUCCCUGUAUCAGUGGUACUUUGUCAUCGCGGUCCACACUAAAAAAUUCACGCCCGAACAGGUCAAGGAAGGAUAUGACGAAUUGGUGACGAAUGCGAAGAAGAAGUGA